AUGGCCAUUUCUUCUUUUUAUUUCUUUCUUUUUUUUUUUUUUUUUCUGUUUUUAUUCGAUCCAUCUUAUCAAGCAUUUCCAGCUUCCUUUCUCGCGAGCUUUGAGACAUAUUUUUGUUUCCUAGGGGAGGCAAGAAUGGACUUCAAGUCCUCAUCUCUCCUGGAGGGAGAGAUUUCGUCGUCCUUCGAAUCGGUUAACGGGAUGGCUUUGGCAAGCUUGUAUCGAUACAGAGACAGGAUGCUGAAGGGUUUGUUUUCAUUAGGAGAUGGUCUAAGUGACGAGGAAGGGGAGAGAAUGGAAGAGAAAGAGAGAAAUGCAAGAAAAGAAAAGAAAAAAAGAACAUAA